AACCGGGUGCCCGCUUCCCAAAUUAUAUCACCCGCAUACGAGAGAAGAAGCCAAACCCACUCGUGUCGUUUUUCUACCGAUUUUGGCCCGCUCCUUCAAUUAGCCGCCGCAACCCGCCGUCAGUGUGGUUCUCUUUGCCUUCCACCGCUCACUGCUAACAAGCCAUGGCGGCAAGGGCUUCCAGAAAAUUGCUGAGAGACUUUUUGUUCAAAAGGGCAUGCGCAGCUCCUGUUGCAUGUGCCAGACAUUGUUCUUCUGCUGCUCAAACUGCUCCAAAGAUUCCUCAUUUUUCGAAGAAAGGGAGGUUGUUGACGGCAGCCACCUUAGGCUUAGUUAUCGGUGGCGGAGCUUAUGUGAGCACUGUGGAUGAAGCAACUUUCUGUGGCUGGCUAUUCUCAGCUACAAAAAUUGUGAAUCCAUUCUUCGCUCUUCUGGAUGCUGAGGCUGCUCACAGAUUGGCUGUCUCAGCUGCAGCACGUGGUUGGGUUCCUAGAGAGAAGAGACCAGAUCCAUCAAAUUUAGGGCUAGAAGUUUGGGGAAGGAAGUUCUCCAACCCUAUAGGUCUUGCUGCUGGCUUUGAUAAAAAUGCCGAGGCAGUUGAUGGUUUACUUAGUUUAGGGUUUGGAUUUGUAGAGAUUGGCUCUGUAACCCCUGUUCCACAAGAGGGCAAUCCAAAGCCUCGUAUCUUCAGAUUGCGUGAGGAAGGAGCUAUCAUCAAUCGAUGUGGCUUUAAUAGUGAAGGAAUUGUUGUUGUUGCAAAGCGAUUGGGUGCUCAACACGGUAAGAGGAAGUUGGAUGAGACUACAAGUUCAUCUUCUUCAGGUGAAGAAGUCAAACCUGGAGGUAAAGCUGGCCCCGGCCUACUAGGUGUGAAUCUUGGGAAGAAUAAGACAAGUGAAGAUGCUUCUGCUGAUUAUAGACAAGGGGUUCAUACAUUGUCGCAGUAUGCUGAUUACUUGGUGAUAAAUGUUUCAUCACCAAACACCCCUGGGUUGCGUAUGCUUCAGGGAAGAAAGCAGUUAAAGGACCUUGUGAAGCAGGUUCAAGGUGCUCGUGAUGAAAUGCAAUGGGGUGAGGAGGGUCCUCCUCCAUUGCUUGUGAAAAUUGCUCCUGAUUUGUCUAGAGACCUUGAAGAUAUUGCUGCAGUUGCCCUUGCCCUUCGCUUGGACGGAUUGAUUAUAUCAAAUACAACUGUGUCAAGACCAGAAACUAUUUGUAAACACCUGGUGGCUUCUGAAGCUGGUGGCUUGAGUGGGAAGCCACUUUUCGAUAUGUCUACCAAUGUCUUAAAGGAGAUGUACAUUUUGACGAGGGGAAAGAUUCCCUUAAUUGGGUGUGGAGGCGUUAGCAGUGGUGAGGAUGCUUACAAGAAAGUACGAGCUGGUGCGAGUCUUGUUCAGCUUUAUACAGCAUUUGCUUACGGGGGACCUGCUCUCAUCCCCCAGAUAAAGGCUGAAUUGUCCGAGUGCUUAGAAAGGGAUGGUUACAAGUCCAUCAGUGAAGCAGUUGGUGCAGAUUGCAGAUGAGUUUUGCCCCAGGUAUAACAAAAUAUACAUGCAGUGCCCUUAUUUGCGGAGCAAAUUUCUACGUUGCAUGGUGUAAAUUUUGGUUUUUUUAACCGAUUUUAUUUUAUUUUAUUUUUCGAGAGGGGGUCGGAGAGGACCCGUAAAGUGCGAGAAAUUUUGGAAAGAGGCAUUAUUUGCAGUUUGUACUGUAACCUUUGAACUGUGAAUGCUAAAUUUAAUUGUAGCAAAAUGGAAAAGAAAAAUCUGUUGCCUUAGAAUUUA